AUGUUUGAUCUCAAUAUAUGGAAUAUUGCUUUGCUGUCUAAAACACUUUGGAAUAUCCACUCCAAGAAGGACUCAAUCUGGACAAAGUGGAUCCAUCAUAUGUAUUUAACUGAUUCAAGCAUCUGGAGCAUCUCUGCAACGAAGAAUGACUUCCCUUUAUUCAAGAAACUGUUAACUAUUAGAGAUCAGCUGGUGGUGAACUGUGGUGGUAUUGAUGCUGCUAUUGAUAUGUUGAGUAAGUGGGAGAACAGAGGCAAACUUAGCUAUGAAUUCUGGAGAGCUAAAGGGCAUAAAGUGCCCUGGACUAGGGAGGUUUGGUAUGAGGGCAUUCUCCCUAAACACUCAAUCUGCCUUUGGCUAGGUUUGAAAGCAAAGCUCCUUGCCUGUGACAAGCUGACAAAUGAAGGAAUUGAUCGGUUAUGCACCUUCUGCAACACUGAUCCUGAAUCCUUGGAUCACUUAUUUUUCAAAUGCAAAUUCACUGCUGAAGUCUAG